CGCGUUUCCACGUGUACAUCUUGGUGUGGCGUCAGAGCGACGGGCGCAGGGUUUUUGCGUCACCGGCCAGUCGCCAACAUGGAAGGAAGCAAAGGCGAUACCUCUACAAAUGCACUUCUAAAAGAUGAGUGUUACGCAGACUUCUGCUCGGAAGAUUUCGACGUGAAGACGUACACGGCCCAGGCCAUCCACAAUGCCAUUAUUGCGGAGCAGCUGGCUAAACUGGCGCAGGGGAUCAGCCAGCUGGACAAGGAGCUGCACGUGCAGGUUGUGGCCAGACAUGAAGAUCUGCUGGCUCAGGCAACGGGGAUCGAGUCCUUAGAAGGAGUGCUCCAGAUGAUGCAGACCCGUAUCGCUGCCCUGCAAGGAGCCGUGGACAGGAUACGGACGAAGAUCGUCGACCCCUACAAUAAGAUCGUCGCCCGGACUGCCCAGUUGGCACGACUGCAGGUGGCGUGUGACCUGCUGCGCCGCAUAAUCCGCAUCCUGUACCUGAGCAAGCGGCUGCAGGGCCAGCUGCAGGGAGGCAGCCGUGAGGUCACCAAGGCGGCGCAGAGUCUCAACGAGCUGGACUACCUUUCGCAAGGUGUUGACCUGUCUGGCAUCGACGUCAUCGAAAAUGACCUCCUGUUCAUAAGCCGGGCCCGUUUGGAGGUGGAGAACCAAGCCAAGAGACUGCUGGAGCAGGGCAUGGAGAUCCAGAACCCCACGCAGGUGGGCACUGCACUGCAGGUUUUCUACAACCUGGGGAGCCUGCGGGAGACCAUAACCAAUGUGGUGGAGGGCUACCGGCUCUCCGUGGAGGAGAAUGUAGCCACGGCGCUGGAUAUUCGAGUGCUGACCCAGCCUGGAAAUGCUAGAGGUGGGCCAGGCCGUGCUGCAAUGCCCACCCCAGGCAACACGGCUGCAUUCAGGGCUGCCCUCUGGACCAACCUUGAGAAGCUUCUGGAUCAGAUCUGUGCGGCCUGUGGUCAGGUACAACACCUCCAGAAGGUUCUGACCAAGAAGAGGGACCCAGUCACACACAUCUGCUUCAUAGACGAGAUCGUCAAGGAUGGCCAGACAGACAUCAUGCACACCUUUUGGAAUGCCGUCACACAGAUCCUGUCCACGGAGUUCCAGAAGGCUUCUUCUGCUUCUUCCUUCCUGAAGCAGGCCUUGGAGGGCGAGUACCCCAAACUCUUGCGCCUCUACAACGAGCUGUGGAAGCGGCUGCAGCAGUACAGUGCCAGCAUCCAGGGGGCGCUGACGAGCGGUGGGGGCCUGGACCAGCCGGCUGAGCUGCAGAUGGUGGACCUGGAGCCUCAGGAUAUCUUCAUGCAGGCCAAGAAGGACUAUGACCCUGAAAAAGCCCUGAAGGAUUCCCUACAGCCCUAUGAAGCCGCCUACCUAUCCAAGUCUCUCUCCCGCCUCUUUGACCCCAUCAACCUCGUGUUCCCGCAAGGGGGGCGCAACCCCCCCUCCAGUGACGAGCUGGAGAGCAUCAUCAAGACCAUAGCCAGUGAGCUGAAUGUAGCAGUCGUGGACCCCAGCCUGACUCUCGCCGUGGCCAAGAAUGUCGCCAAGACUGUCCAACUCUUCUGCGUCAAAUCGGAGCAGCUGCUCUGUACGCAGGGCGAUGCCAGCCAGGUGAUCGGGCCCCUGACUGAAGGCCAGCGGCAGAACUUGGCAGUGGUGAACUCCCUGUACCAGCUGCAUCAGGCUGUGGAGAAGGUGGUGUCCGGACUGAGUUCCUUUCCACCGGUCGCGGAGCAGUCCCUGUCUGUGGCUCUGCAGGAGGUCCAGGCCCUGAUGGGCGGGGCGGUCCAGCCUCUGCUCCAGUCGGUCAGCGAUUCCGUGGAGGCCAUCAUCAUUACUCUGCAUCAGGAGGAUUUCUCUGGGUCCCUGCCCGCCGCCGCCAAGCCCGACGUGCCCUGCUCCCUCUACAUGAAGGAGCUGCAGGGCUUCAUCUCGCGUGUCAUGAGCGACUACUUCUGCCACUUCCAGUGCCUGGACUUCAUCUACGACAACACAGAAGCCAUCGCCCAGCGUGCCAUCGAGCUCUUCGUGCGGCACGGCAGCCUGCUGCGCCCCCUGGGGGAGGGGGGCAAGAUGCGGCUGGCGGCCGACUUUGCGCAGAUGGAGCUCGCUGUGGCUCCGCUCUGUAGGCGCGUCUCGGACCUGGGGAAACCCUAUCGGCUGUUACGUUCCUUCAGGCCACUGCUCUUCCAGACCAGCGAGCUGAUUGCCAAUAGCCAGGCCGUGGGCGAUCUCAUCCCCUACAGCACCAUGCUGCACUUCCUAUUCACCCGGGCCCCCCCGGAACUCAAGUCCCCCCACCAGAGGGCAGAGUGGUCCAUAGCGCGCUACUCCCAGUGGCUGGAUGACCACCCCUCAGAGAAGGACCGGGUCACACUUAUCAGGGCGGCCCUGGAGGCCUAUGUGCAGGAGGUGAGGGCGCGACAGGGCAAGGAAUUCGCCCCUGUGUAUCCCAUAAUGCUACAUCUGCUGCAGAAGGCUGCUACGAAUGUGUAGGUGCGAACUGCUGUGGGAACAUUUCCUGGGUCAAAUGCGCCCCCUGCUGGAAGGGAGGAUCCUUAUUAAAAAGCUACAAUUAAACUGUGUUGCUGAACCUGCAACAUAAUGAACUGAAAGCUACAGUAACAUGCAUUACUAGAAAAGUAGUUGGUAUCAGUUGUUUUUAAAACCUGCCCAUUUUGAUGGAAGCUAUUGAUUUUUCUAAAGAGGGUCUUUAAUGAAAAUUCUAUACUAUAUUCAUUGUUUGAUUAUCUAAGAGCAGUAAUAUUACCUUGGUUCUAUAUUUAAGUAUGCAGAGUUGUUGUCAGGUGCAUUCUGGGAAAAACUGAUUUUGAAUUAAAUAACUAUGAAACAU